GACACAGUUCAGAUUCUUAGGUCUGUUGCAGCCAUGUUGGUUUUCUCUUGGUCUCUUUGGGUCCUGCUGCUGGUCUCCUCUUCCUGGGCUGAGAAUGAGGUCGCUGCCAUUGAGGAUGACACAUCCAGGGAGCUUUCUGUUGGUGAACUGCUGGAGAGAGCCAACAGAGACCGCACCCCUGACUUUGAUGAGCCCAUCCUGAUCGGAGGCGACAUCGCUAUCAAGUCUGAGGCUGACAGGAACGCUGACCCCUGCACCUCCAGAGGCUGUCUGUGGGGCAAGUGGAGUGACGGGAAGGUCUACAUCCCUUACUACAUCGCUAACCACUUCUCCUCCAGAGAGCAGGCCAUCAUCACUCGUGGACUGGAGUCCUUCUCUUCAGUUUCCUGCAUCCGUUUCAGACCCUACCAGAAUGGUGAUAGUGACUGGCUGAACAUCGAGUCCAGGGACGGCUGCUACUCAUUCGUGGGUCGCCAGGGCGGUGGUCAGACCGUCUCUCUGAGCCGUCAGGGCUGUCUCUACCAUGGCACCAUCCAGCACGAGCUGCUCCAUGCCCUUGGCUUCAACCAUGAGCAGACUCGCUCUGACAGGGACAGCUAUAUCCAGGUGUACUGGGACAACAUCAUUGAUGGCAUGGAGUACAACUUUUACAAGAUUGACACUCUGAACCAGGGAACUCCUUAUGACUACAACUCUGUCAUGCAGUAUGAGAGGUACGCCUUCUCCAAGAACAACCGUCCCACCAUGGUGCCCAUUCCCAACAGCAAUGUGUCCUUUGGCCAGGCCACCCAGAUGAGCAGGAAUGACAUCAACAGGCUGAACAGGCUGUACAAGUGCUGAACUGUAUGUGACCUUUGGCCUGCUGCCUGGAUGACAUCAGAGCAGAUGAUCUCAUCUCAUUCUGUUUACUAUCACAUAAGAAAUAAACCAUCAGUGUAAACAGCCUCUGA